GUGCGCGAGAGCCAAUGGAGACGCGCGUGACAGAGUUUGGGCAGAAGGGGUUUGUCUCACCUGCUCGGAAUCACUUCAAGAGGAGCGUGAACAGGACAUUUUCAGCUCACGACAAUUAAUACGCACGUAUCGGACAGUUAACACUUCACUUUAGAUAACAGUGAUGAGCUGAAGUCUGGGCCGCGCGCCUUUCUGAGGUACAGCACCACUCCAGAAACGCGUCGUGUCUGCUAUACAACUUGGCAACUCGUCACUCCGGGAUUUAACAGUGAGCGCGCGGAGCCUUUUCUACUGGCGAGUUGCUGUUUUAGGCAUCAUCAUGGAACUGAUAAAAAGCCAAACGCAAUGCAAGAAAGUUUUGGAUAACGUUGAUUUAAUCGCGAAGGAGUCAAAGUGAUUUCUGAUCGUCACAGUUUUUUUGUGUGUGCAUCAAAUGGCAGCGAUAUAAAUUGCACGAGCUCUGAGCACUUCAGGGAAGAAUAUUUGUUUUUUGUUGUUGUUGUUUUUUUCAAAACAAAAAAAUAAAAUAAAAUAAAAUCAUAUAGGCUACGUCUGGUCUGGGAAUUAACCGUAUAUUGCGUUGAAGUUUUAGGAAUUAAACAUCUCGACCCUCCAAGCUGUGAGUAAAAGACAGAACCACGACGAUGGAGCACACGGGAAUCGAAGAGGUGAACCAGACCCACCAGCAGCACGAACCCAUCAGUUUUGGAAUAGAUCAGAUUCUCAAUGGUUCCGAUCAGCCGAGUAGUUGCAUGCUUCCGAGUCGGACCGGCGACUCGGACUAUGCGCUCGCGCCGAACGUCUACGCCAACGGCUACAACAGCGUGUACAACCCGGCCUGUUCGAUGGCGGCCGGACUGGCAGGUCACUACAAUGUAAACAUGAACAUGAAUGUGAGCAUGAAUAUGAACGUAAACGUGAACUCAGGGAAUGCAGGCGGUGUCAUCCGCGUCCCGGCCCACAGACCCAUGCCACCCGCACAUCACCCGCCGACAACAGCCCAUCCGCCGGGCAUCGCGGCGGGGAUGCCCACCAUGCCCACGAUACCCAACAUGGGCAGUCCCGCCAGCUUCUCGUUCCCCUGGAUGGAGAGCAGCAGAAGGUUUGCGAAAGAUCGGCUAACCGCAGCUCUUUCACCGUUCUCCGUGACACGACGGAUCGGUCACCCGUACCAGAACCGAACUCCGCCAAAGAGGAAAAAGCCGCGCACGUCGUUCAGCCGCGUGCAGAUCUGCGAGCUGGAGAAGCGCUUCCACCGGCAGAAGUAUCUCGCGUCCGCGGAGCGCGCCACGCUCGCCAAGGCCUUGAAGAUGACAGACGCUCAGGUCAAAACCUGGUUCCAGAACAGAAGAACAAAAUGGAGGAGGCAGACCGCUGAGGAGAGAGAGGCCGAGCGACAGCAAGCCAACCGUCUGAUGCUACAGCUCCAACAGGAGGCCUUUCAGAAGACCCUGAGUCAACCGCUCCAACAAGACCCUCUCUGCCUACACAACUCCUCGCUUUACGCCCUGCAGAACUUACAGCCGUGGGCCGAUGACAACAAGGUGACGUCCGUCACCUCAGUCGCAUCUGUGGUCUGACCCACAACUCUCAUGUGUGCUAGUUAAUUGAGAAAGGAUUUUAUAGUACAAUGUAGGACACCGAUUAGCCGUUAAUUUGGGUGGAUCUCUCACUUGGACUCACGAGAAUCUGUACGACGCCAUUUUUUUUGUGAGAUCUUGCUCUGUAAAAACGUAUUUUCCAAUCACCCAUGGAAAUAAUUGGUUUUGACAGGAUCAGCUUUGAGCCUGAGAUAAAAUCGCUAGAGCAAUUUCAGUGUGUAUUUGUUUGUUUAUCACUCAGAAAUGUGUCUAUUUAAGUCUUGGCGUGGAGCAAAAUCCCUAAUGUAUUCCCAGUUAAAGUGGAAACCAGGCAAACACAAGCACACCCAGUUUACAUUUGACUGGUCAUUUGCUCGACCCUUACGCUACAUUCUCGUUCCUCUUUCUUCAGCUACCCAUCUAAGAGAGGGACGGGCUAUGUCCUUUCCAACCCAAAACCGCAAAGCUGUCUGAUGAAUUUCACCCAUCAAGACGGCUGUCUACGUGCCGUUUGGCAUCAAGGAGACUGACUCAACCCCAGACUCGUUCAUUCUUGUUCUUUUUAUUUGUGUUUUUUUUCCCCCUUUGGACUUUGUAAGAUGUGUUUGUGAUGCAUGUUCUCUACAUUUCUUGUAUGAAGAGAUGGACUAAAAACUGUUAGUUCUUUCAAGCUGGAGUCCUUCCUAAAACGCACUUUGGAAGCAAUUAUGGAGGCGCUCUCUCUGGAUUCUUCAUGAAGUGACGUUUAAAGGUGUUUUAUAUUAAAAAGAAUCGUGACUUCUAA